AUGUCUCAUUUUCCACCCAAAUCUACGCCGCUCGUGGCUCCAGGACACACUCGACCCGUCACGCAUCUUUCUUUUUCCCCAAUCUUGGACGAUAGCUCGUACUUGUUGAUCUCGAGUUGCAAGGAUGGCAAUCCAAUGCUCAGGGAGUGGACAGGCGACUGGAUAGGUACAUUCCUUGGCCACAAGGGCGCGGUGUGGAGCUCAAAACUCUCGCUGGACUCAUCUCGCGCGGCUUCAGGCAGUGCUGAUUUCACCGCCAAAGUUUGGGAUACGUUUUCUGGAAAGCAGCUGCAUUCGUUUCCACAUAACCACAUCGUCCGAACAGUGGCGCUGUCACCUACAUCUCAACAUCUUCUGACGGGUGGCCAGGAGAAGAAAGUGCGGAUAUUCGAUGUCGGUAGACCCGACGCAGAUCCGGAUUUCCUUCUCGAUGGAGGCACUCUGUCCCAUGACGGUAUGGUAAAGAGUGUCGUCUGGGUAGGUGAUCAUACUGGGAUAUCGGCCGGUGAAGAUGGAUACAUCAAGUGGUGGGAUUUGCGAAGCCGGACGCUAACAACAAAGCUCAAUUUUCCUCAGGCGAUCACGUCGAUGGAAUACUCGGCGCCUACGCAGCGGCUAGUCGUGUGCUCAGGCAAAACCGUCGCUUUCAUCCCUGCUCUUCCUACCGGGACAGUGCCCGCACAUACGCUCAAUCUUGCGUAUACGCCCUCCUCUGCCUCUAUCCAUCCUGUACUUCAGGAUCGCUUCGUAACGGGUAAUUCAGGCGACGAAUGGGUGCGAGUCCACGGCAUCGAUGGAGAAGAAAAAGAGGUGCUGAAGGGGCAUCACGGCCCUGUGCACUGCGUAGAAUUCAGUCCGGAUGGUGAGAUGUACGCGAGUGGUAGUGAGGAUGGCACAAUCCGGUUGUGGCAAACAACUCCGGGAAAGUCCUAUGGUCUCUGGCAAGGGCAGAAUGGCAGCUAG